GUAGUAUCAUCUUGUUUUUUCAUGUUUACAAAUGUCUAAAGUGACAAUUUUCUGUUAUGACAAUUAUUUUAGUGGGUGUUAAAUGCAAUUAUCUUAUUGGAAUUUAUUCAAUAUAUUGAUAUUUAGAAUACAACUAGGACAACCAUUAUACUGUUGUUAAAGGAUAAUAUUACAAAAUAAUAUGGCGGUGACUGUGUUUCCAAAAUUGGAAUUAAAAUGCUCAACGAUUGACAGAAACAAUGGAUUAAUUGAACAUGAAUUACAUACAACGUUACAACCAAUGAAUAAUGGUGGAAGUCAUUCUGGAUCAUCUGGCCGAUCAACCCCACAAAAUGGUUGUGAUCCAGCGCCGGGUAAAUUAUUUGUUGGUGGACUUAGUUGGCAGACGUCCAGUGAAAAGCUACGCGAAUAUUUUGGAAUGUUCGGAACAGUAACAGACGUUCUAAUCAUGAAAGAUCCUGUGACGCAGAGAAGUCGUGGUUUUGGAUUUAUAACAUUCGCUGAACCAAGUAGUGUUGAUAAUGUACUUAAAGUGCCUAUCCAUACAUUAGAUGGUAAGAAAAUUGAUCCAAAACAUGCAACACCUAAAAAUCGACCAAAACAGCCAAAUAAAACAAAAAAAAUAUUUGUUGGUGGUGUUAGUCAAGAUACAAGCUCUGACGAAGUUAAAGCGUAUUUUAAUCAAUUUGGUAAAGUUGAGGAGACCGUUAUGUUAAUGGAUCAACAGACAAAACGUCAUCGAGGUUUUGGAUUUGUCACGUUCGAAAACGAGGAUGUUGUGGAUCGUGUAUGUGAAAUACAUUUUCAUACAAUCAAAAAUAAAAAAGUUGAAUGUAAGAAAGCACAACCAAAGGAAGCUGUGCAACCUGGUGCUGCACAAUUAUUAGGCAAACGUAUUAUGAUUACUGGUUUGGGUAUGCGCAUGGCUGCUCCAAACACAGCUGGACCAAUGGCCGCGGCCGCAGCCAAUCAAUUAGCUGUGGCACAAGCACAGGUACAUGUUCAAGCGGCAGCCGCUGCCGCAGCUGCGGCUCAAGCACAAAAUGCAGCGGCAGUCGCUGGCUAUGGUAAAAUAUUUGGUGCAUAUCCACCAUUAGCGAGUUAUCGUUAUUCACCAUAUCCAAUACCAACGGUGGGUGCUCCGGCCGGGGCUGUACCAACAGCGGCUGGGCAAGCACCCCAAGCACCCGCGACGGCAUUAGCCGCUGCACCACCAUUAGGCGCUGCAACAGCAAACCCUUAUCAAGGAUAUAGUUUAACAAAUGUAGACAUGUCUAGUUUCCAGGGUGUGGAUUGGAGCUCCAUGUAUGGCAUGGGCAUGUAUGUUUGAAGCAGUUUUGUAUCCGAAUAUCCAGCACUCAAACUUGUAUUAUAAAAAAAAAAAAGAUAAACAAAAAAAUUGCAAGCUCGUAGUCAGAAAUAUUUAUUAUUACGUAAGGGUUUCUGAGAAUUUUCUAUUUAUUUCCGCUAAAUGUGAUGAAUUUUAAAAAUAGGUUCUGAGACCAAAUCUUAGAAAUAAUUAUUCUUAACUUUUAGAAUUGAUAAAUCGGGGAAAUUCAAUAUCGAGAUAAAACGCUUUAUAAAUAUUCUCGAUUAAUUAUAUCUGAAAACGUGUUAAUUUUACGACUUGCUUAUUUUAAUGACAUCAAUCAUUUCUAAAAGAUAAGAAUAGUUUCCUUGUAUAAAUAUUAAUAACUCAAUCGUAUCGAAUUGUAAAUUAACACAGUAUUUCGGGAAGAGUUAGAUAGAAGCUUCCCACUCCGGCUACGUGCUUGCCUGAAAAAAAGUGUGAAAUAUUAUACAAAACACAGUGCCUCGUCGUCGGUCAGGACUGCUUCACAUUAAUUUAUUAGUAUUAAGCAAUAAUAUCUCGCAAUAAGCAGUAUUAUUAUAGAAUGUAGGGCUCAUCAGCAUUGACAAAAAACAUAACGUUUUUUUUCUGGAUCAACAGAUAAUUCCAG